AUGAGUUCCAGCAGGGUGUCUUCGCGAGCGGAAGCAAAGGCGCUCGUCGAGCAGAUCACGGAUGACCAUGGAUACUUAGGCGAGGAAGUUCUCAAAGCCUUGCCACCGGAGAUCAAACAAAGGGUUAUACACGCCAUGUCCAAGAAGGAUCAGAUGAUCGGCUCAUCAGCAAUUACACUGGCGAAGAACCUGUACACGAGUAGUGCUCGCUUUGUCUUCGAACUUCUCCAGAAUGCCGAUGACAACCAUUACUCUACAGCUUAUGCAAGGGGUGUGGAUCCGUACGUGUCUUUCACAAUGAGUCCAUCGCGCAUCAUCAUCGAGUGCAAUGAGGACGGUUUCUCAGAAGAAAACCUGAAAGCCAUAUGUAACAUUGGCAAAAGCUCCAAGACCGGAGCCCAGGGGUACAUCGGAGAGAAAGGCAUCGGCUUCAAGUCUGUGUUCAUGGCAGCAUACAAAGUGCGCAUCCAAUCGGGCAACUUCUCGUUCUACUUCCAGCACCGGCGCAAUGACUCAGGAAUGGGCAUGAUCUCGCCUACCUGGGAAGAACCGGAUCAGCAAGUAAAACCUGGAGUGACGAGAAUAGCCCUCGACCUCCACGACACUGGCCACGAGGCGGACCUGGCGGAACUACGCGAGACCAUCUCGAAGCAGUUCCAGGAUAUCGAAGCCACUCAUCUAUUGUUUCUGAAGAACCUCAAACGCAUAGACAUCAAUCAUGCCAACGAGAAACUCGAGACGACCUCCUCGACAACAUAUACUGUUCACAGCUCGAACUCAGGCACAAGACGCACCCAAUUACGCAAAAUGUGCGACAACGGUACCAUGCAUGACACGUACUACCAUGUCACCAAACAUGUCGCCACAAGCCUUGCCAGGAAUGAGAACAGAGAAUAUUCUGUAUUAGAGGAGACAAACAAAGCUUAUUCGACGGCUGAAGUUGUCCUGGCUUUCCCGAUGACAGAGGAAUCCGUUCCAAUUACCGAGGCGCAGAACAUUUUCGCUUUUCUACCGAUUCGCAACAUGGGCUUCAAGUUCUUGAUCCAAACGGACUUUGUGACACAGGCCAACCGUCAAGACAUCGUCACAACCUCUGCCCGAAACGUCGGCCUGCUUGGGGGAAUAGCAGAGGCUUUCGUCAAGGCGAUGCGCCAGAUGUGCGACCACGACACACUUCAGUACCGCUGGAUGAGGUACCUACCUCAACAUGACGACUUCCCCUGGGAUGGCUACUGGAGCAAGCUUGUCGAUCAAAUCAAAGGCAACUUAGCAAGUGCCUCGGUCUUGCGACCCCUGAGCCAAGGCCAGUUGCAGUUGAUCGGACAGAUGCGGCGACAUAGCGAGCAAAGUACCUACCACAACGGCGAGGCCAUCUUUGAAGACAUCAACCCCGAGAGGUAUCUCUCGAAACACUAUGUCGCUUCGGAUCUGGCCAAGCUGACUGAAUACCGUCUUGUUGUGAUUACUAUGAGCGAAAUUCUCGACCGUGCCAUGGCAGAUCUUGGAAGCCCGAAUUCAAGGAUGAAGUCCCUGGCCACCAACGAAGAGUGGCACUCCGCAGCAGCUUCGAGCUUGAUCUAUACCUUCACCGAAGAUGGCAGACGGCUAAGGCCGUGCCAUCGGCAUCGGGUUUCAAAAAUGCCGCUUAUCCCUACUCAGAGAGGAGGAUGGAUAUCGGCCGACGAUAGUUCUGUUCCUAUCGCGUUCCCAACCGUUGAGGGCGUGGUCAUUCCUACCGAUCUGGAUCUCCAACUGAUACAGCAGUCGGCUGUCCAAAAUCCGGAGCGCCGGCUGCUUUUUGCAAAACUCGGUGCAAUCGAGCUAUCCGUUCGGCAAGUGCGUCAGAUUAUCUUUGAGAUAUACUCAAAGUCUUCAAACCUGGCGUUGCUCUUCGGGAACUCAUUGUACCCCGAAAAGGCUUCGCUGGCACAUCUAUCGUUCCUCUACCUAACUCACAACCGCCAACACGAUGAAAAACAGGCAUACAGCUCGAUUUCGGUCAUCACUAUGGGUGGGUCACUGAAGAUGCCGCACUCAGCGGAUGUCUACAUUGCUCACAAUCAUCGUUACGGCGCAAAGCGACUGCUUGGUCAAGUCGCCUCGAUACCCGGCGAGUCAAAGGGUGCACCAGGAUUCCAGGUGCCUUUCUUGGUACCUGCGUAUCUGGAGUCGCCACUCAACUCAACAGAACCCCUUGUCGGAAUCGGUUCCUGGCGCAAAUGGCUGCGGAGCGAACUUGGGAUCUGCAACCAUCCACGGUUGACCUGGGAUGGAUCACUUACAAGCGUGUGUCGUUACGUAAUGGAGCAUCGUCCUGAAGAAUUUCUUGGAUUGUUGCAAUUCCACUGGGCAUCGAUCCAACAGGACGUCAUGGCGAGUGAUUCGAUCCGCGAUGAAAUUGCAAAAACCAAGGUCCCAUGCGGGAACGGCGAGUUCGAAAAACUGUCAAAUACAUACCUACCCAUUUCGGAUCUGGAAGAGCGGUGCGAAGAGUACCAAAUCGCUGAUGACUUCCCAUUUCUGAGCUUCGAUGAUACCUUGUGUCCAGAUGAUCUUAGUGCCUGGGACUUCUUGCACACUGCCUUUGGUGUCGGCAAACACGAUGACCUCGGUUUCUACCUGGAGAUGCUUGAGCACGUCGCACGUCGAGAUUCUGAACUUGUCGAACUCAACCUUGCCGAACAACUUGUCGACCAAGAUGAAGUUAACGACUUGUACAAGAUGAUUUACUCCAUGUCACAAGUGAGAACUGGGCGGGAAACCCACCAAGAGACCAUCAGAGCGAAAUUCGAGAAAGGCUCUCUGCUUCUGCUGCCUUCCAAAGACUUGCACACAUCGGCUUGGGUCAGCCCUAGCAGCUGCCGCUGGGAUGCUUCUCCAUUGAUGACCACUGCUCGUCCAGUCGAAUUUGUGUUCCAAGAUUUCCUCGGUGAGACACAACCAGGUCGUGGCAUACUCACAGAGUUCCUCAAGACAACGCUUGAUAUAAAAAAUUGCACAUGCGGCGACCUGAUUGAUGAGCUGAAAGCCCUGAGACUGUCUAUCAAGUACGAGAGGGAAAGAGCGAAAGCGGUGUAUCAGGAUCUCGCUCGCUUGGCCCCAAAGUUGUCAAAAGAGGGAAAGGCUAGGAUCAAGAACGAAUUCUGGUUCAAUGACUACAUAUGUGCUCCGGAUGGCUGGCGCAAGGUUCCAGAUUGCCUGUGGUCAAGCGCCACCCAAAUCCAGGGGAAGACGAUUUUAAACAACAUGUACCAGGACUUGAAGGUAUUCAUGGUGGACUUCCUAGGUGUUCCGACUUUGACGUUAGAAAUGGUGUAUAAGGAGCUCAUCAGACUAGGUGCCACGCAAGCCACCGAAAUUCCCAGUAUGAAACAAGCGAUCUGGGAAUUCAACUCGUUGCUGGCAUCGUCAUCGCCAACUGAAAAACUGCCAGAUCCUGUACCCGUCCAGAAAGCCUUUGUGUUUCCUGUCAAGCGAAACGGGAAUAGCUCACUUUGCACAUUCCAAGAGGAGUUUGCAGUCAACGACCGCCAGCAUUACUGGGAAGCGUUUGCGGAUAGUGCUAAGUUUCUCGACUUCAGUCUUGAUGAAGUACGCCGCUUGCAGCCGACUCUUACAUGGGCCGGACUCGACUCCCGCCGUGUCUCCUCGUGUGUUAGCGAAAAGUCGACGCUUUUGGGCCACAGCGGGACUGCCAUCUCAUGCCCACGACGAGACCUGAAAACGAAAGCAUAUGCCUUGAGCCGCAUCGCCAAACACUUUAACAGCCCCAGGAUUGAUGGCGACCCCAAAAUAUUAUACGAGACCUUGAGAAGCACAAUUGUGCUUGAAACAGAUGGCAUUGCUUCCGAGCUGCAACUCCUCCAAGAUGAAAAAACCCUGCGCGUCAGGCAGUCGCAAAGUGAACUUCAUAUCGAAGAAAAGCAGGGCCACUUGAUUGUCUACGUGCCCCGGGAUAUCGCCCGCCAGGAAAGCUGCUACCUUGAUGUGCUCCCCCAGCGCAUGUUUGAGUGGAUCAUGAUGGGCAGCGCUCCUAAACUUCCCACUCAGCAUAGUGAACAAGCUGUGCGUGUGCUCGGAAGCGUUCUGAAUGCUUCCGUUCAGGUGGUCUCGACUUCGCUCCGAAAUAAUGGUGUCACGGAGUUGGACUUCCUCGAGGAGCCUCCUGAAGAGAUAAAUGAAGACAAGGCUCCCGAGCUUGCUGUUGUUUUGCGGCCUAGUACACCAACAGCGGACUCUGACCAAGCUCAUGGGGUGGUGACACCAGGAGAAUUAGGGUCUGACGAUACUGACAGCUCAGCAGUUGAGACUCCAGCCUCAUCUGUCUUUUCCGAAGGAAGUCCAAGGACGCAUAGACUCAUUCAGGCUGCCGUCUAUUCGUCCAGCCGAUUAGGAAGAGGUGCCUCAGCACCACAAGAAGCGAGACCUGUGCAGUAUCCAUUCUUCUCUCCAUCACCACAGCCAUCUCCUAGUCCAAACUCGGAUCUGAAUGGUCAAGGUCCGGCUUCGAAGUACCUCAAAUUGCUGGACGCAGUCCUGACUGCGGCACGUAGUGCCACUCUUCCCCGUCGGGACAGCUUUGACAUGUCUACGCUAAUGAACGCACUGCCUCAAGUUACUGCAACGACGGACGCCCCUCAGGAUUAUUUCCACUUUCGCUCUACCAGUCAAUUCGAACGUGACAGGAUGAUCGGCGCCGCUGGGGAACUAUUCGUCUUCGAACUCCUAUCCCAUCUCGAUCCCAACCUCCCUGGGUUCUCGCGUGAAAACUGGCAGAGCACCAUUCGGCGAUACGUCACUGUGCACCCGGACUACGCCGACAUGCCUCCUUGGAUCGGGCGCGAGACGGCUGACAUCACGUAUCAUGAUAUUGAAGGUAAGCUGACGGACUUGCUUAUUGACAGCGGCUGCCUGGCUUCUGUCAUCUGGAGGGGUCGCCGACCCAAGUAUUUCAUCGAAGUCAAGUCUACUACGAUGGGCAGCGAGACGCCAUUCUUUAUGAGCAAGUCGCAGUACAGAAGGAUGCGUAACAUGUCCAAUGGAAGACUGGGAGAAGAAAACCCGGAUACGGUGUAUGUGGUCUUCAGGGUGUCGAAGGUUGGGAGCAGGGAGAUGGCGUUGAAUGUUUAUGUUGAUCCGGAUGUUAUGCAGCAGAAUGGCGAGCUCGAAUUUGCGGCGGAGCAGUGGUCUGUUGUUCCAGGGGUAAGGCCGGAUAUCUGGAACGGUGCAAGGUGAUGCAACAGGUGAUCAGUUGCUUUGCUCCUAUUCUAUGGGCU